CCGGCGUCCCCGGGAGCUGCCGCCGCCGGAGCCGCGGGCGGGCCAUGGCCGCCGAGCGAGGGCCCGGCCGCAGGAAGCCGUGUCCGCUCCGCAGCGCCCUCCGGAAGGCGGCCCGGAGCCCCGGCCCCCGCGAUAGCAGGCUGGACCCAUCCCAGAAGCUGGUGGGGCGCUGGGCCUCCAUUAACUUGGUCUCCAGUGUCCCCUCCCAGCUGCCCCCGCAAGAAAGCAUGGAGUCCUCCCAGGAGGACAUUGCAGAAGCCAGGCCGACAGCCGCCAAGCUGGAGCAGAUCCUACCCCCGGAGGUGCCUUCAGCCGAGACCUUUAGCUGCAACCCAGCGCCCUGCCCUCACCCAUCCCUGGAGCACCAGGCAGGCCAGCUGGGGAUGCUGUCCGGGGAGUAUCUGCAGAUGUGUUUAAGCAGCAUGGGAGAGUCGCCUUUGCACAGCAACUUGGCAUCUGCCUUGCUACCUGCAGUACCUUCCUCAGAUGUUCCUUUGCUACCAGCCAGCGCGCCCCCAUCUCCUAGGGCCUCCUGCAUGGAAACCAAUGCAGCAGUGGAUCCCGAGACUGGAGAGUGGGCACUGGCCUAACCCUGUCCAUCUCGCCCCUCUUCAGAGGGCUGAUCUCUUCCCCGGGGCCGGCCACGCCUCAGACCCGCUUCUCUCCUCCCUGCCGCCACGUCCUUCCGAGCUGGAGUAGCGAUCCGCCAUUCAGCGUCCCAGCGAUACUCCCUACGCGAUGGGGGACAUUAACCACUUUCCCCUUAACAUGCUCCAGGGGGCAGCAUUUAGAAUGGUGGAGAAUAAACCCAAGCUAGAGGGUCCCACAGCAGAACCCCUGAAACCUUCCAGAUUCACACCUAAGCCCUUUGUGCCUUCCAAGCGCUCGACUUCCCGCCCAUCCUCCAUUCUAGCAGAAUCAAUGGCAGCUUUGCAAUCUCUUCUAGACAGGAGCAGGGCACCAGUGAAAUGCAGCCACCUCUGGGCUGGAACACAGCAGCACCGCAGAGCCUGUUAUGGUCUGUGUGCAUUUCACAGGGACAAUUUAGGGAAGGAGGUUGAUUUGGCCAGAAGCAGAGGGGGGAUUCAGGUUAAGAUUUUUUUUUAAAAAAUUGCGUUUUAGGUUGUCUGAGUCCCCUUAGAGGCCCCCCACUGUCAGAAAAGAUCAAGCAGGCACCCUCUGAAAAUCAGGCCCCUUUAAAGAGGUCUCAGACUGGGUAUUCAAUGGGAAAGCAGGAUCCCUUUUACGAUCUCUGCUUCUCUCUCUCCACCCUGUCUGUCUUCCCCUCUGUCAUUCCGUCCCUGCAGCAGCUCCUGCUGGUCAUGGCCUUCCCUCUCCUGUGUUCCCCUUCCUCACGGCACAUUCUGUAGCCUCCCUGCAGAUCGAGUACCAUGCAAUCUCUAGCUAGGUCCUUAAGACUGCCUGGCUGUUCAGUCUACAUCCAUCAACGGUGAUCUUCUCGUACUCCCGAAGCUUUGGGCACCCACAUGAUUGCCACCCAGCAGCGGCCUUGUCCAAGCGUUUCCGUCAGCGCUGUGAGUGAACGAAUACUAGUGCCAGGCUGCAGGUCCUGUGGGAAUGGGAAAACCAUGCAGCUGCCCUGUUCCCCAUCGCACCUGCUCAAAUGAGCACCUCCCCCCACCCUGAAGUCCCUUAUCGCUUUUGCAAAUCUUGGUCUUUGCCAUCUACCUGGGGGUAGGUGUCUCUGGGCUUCCACCCUAUGGUUGAGAGGCGCUAGAGAAAAACCUGCAGGGUACAGAAAGCACCAGCUGCAGCCUUAAAGCAUUGAAACAAAAUUCUACUGCUUACAAUCAUGCCAACACUUGUUUUUCCAAAGGCUGGUUUUAGCCAACUCUGUUCUUUUAAAAAGAAGAGCUCUCCACUUUUUUAUAUAAACACUCUGGCUGAGCUCCGACCUUGGCCCUGUGGGUCCCACGCUUCCAGGCGGGUUAUGCUAGCCUCAGUGGCUCACUGCGACCCUCCACAUAGCCCUUCUCUCUCUAGGGCCAGGGUUACAGUCUGCUGAGCCCUUUUCAUCAUAAGCCAGCAAGGAGGUUGGUGAGAGAACUCCCACAGUCUCUGUUGUCCCUAAGGGCUUAUUCCAGAACAGUUUUGCCUCCUGUCCUGACAGGGGCCUGUCUUCCCCUCCCACGAGAUGUUUCUGUAGUGGCAGGUUGGGGGGCACCUGGGCCCGCCUUCUACUCCAGGUUCCAGCCCAGGGACCCUAAUGGUAGCAGCUGUUGGCAGCCGACCUUUCACUGCCAGAGUUGCUACAUUUCCCUGGGCCACUUCCCCACAGCUCUCCUGCUUCUUCACCCUUACUGAUGGCUUGAGGGUGUCUUCAUUAACCAGCCUUUUGGCUGCACUUCCUCUCCCUUGGCUCUCCUCAGCCUGACUGGAGUGAGCCCUUUUAUAGUAUCAGAAGGGCCAUAAUUAGAGUCAGGUGUUCACAUUACCUUAAUGACCUCACCUGACUCUUUGCAGGUUAAUUGGAGUCAGGUGUUCUCCUGAGCCUGGAGCAGCCCCUGCUCUGGUCAGUCAGGGAACAGAAAACUGCUAAUCCAGUGGCCAGUAUAUCUGCCUUCUACUACUCUGCUGUACCCAACUGGCCUGGGUCUAUCACCACACUUUAAAGAGACAUCAAUAUUUGUCCUAUAAACACUGAUCUCACAGCCUGCCUGGUAAAAGUUAGGGGCUAAAACCUCACCUAGGCUUCCAUGCAUUCCUUUGCAAGCGUGUUACACAAGCUGCAGGCUGCCAGGUAGGCAAGCCAGUGUUGUGUACGAAGAGCUGUCCCUCCCUCUUAGAGAGGCAUUUCAUGUGCAGGAAAGAGAAUUGGCACCUACCACGGCCUCAAAGGAUUUUUUUUUUUUGGGCCACUAGACCCUGCCUCAAAUUUAUUUUUCUUGUUCACGCGUCACUUGCAAUACACCAGCUGCAACAUUCUUGUCAAGGGUGAAUGGUUCUCCCAAAGGAGGGGGUAAUGAUGGAUGUGGGUCAAUCCGACACCGCGUGUCAGCAACAGAUGAGUUCCCCUUGACUGCAGAGGGCUUUGGAUGGAGGCCUAAGAGAAAACAAGUAGGGGAGGGAUUGCUUUUGCAUUAUGUCAGUGGGGAAAAUAAAUAAAUAAAGGAUCUUUUACUUUCGUAA